UUCAUCGUUUUUUCUUUCAAUCUUCGGUUGUCUCUUUCUCGAGUCGUGGUCGAGCUCACUUCAGGAAAAAAACUUUGUGCGACGAGUUGAAAGUUUAAUUAUCAUCAAAUCGUCUUGGGAUGCUGAUGUGCAUAUUUCAAGUAUAUAUUCAUCGUUCAUUUUUCUUCUUUUUUCUCCUUUUGGCUAAGAAAUCGCUCAUGUUUCGGCAGACGGAUUGCCAGUGAAAGUGCUAGACAAAAAGGUGUUGAUCGAGCUUGAAGCUCAAAGUUGUAAUUAGGUUAAAUUCGAUUCGUACACAAAAUUCAAAUGUGCCAUUUGAUUUGUUUGCAAUAUUUUUGAAAUGUUCACUGUUGAUUGUACAAUACUUUUAAGUCCAACAAGCAAAACUGAGUGAAAACAAAACGAGCACGAUUUACACACUCGGCGAUUUUGUAUUUGUGUUUUUUUCACUUCUUUUUGUGUGUGUGUGUGUGUCAUUGUUUAUUUGUAAAUCAAUUCGCACUAAAUUGUGAUUGUGUUUUCGUUCGCAUUUUCGGUGUUUUGACUUUGUUAAUUGCAAGCGGAAAAAGCGAAUGGUGAUAAAAGUUUUAUGUGGAAUUAUGUCAAUGCUUAAUUAAAUGAUGAAAUGAUCGCCGGGAUAACGGUGAAUUUGAUUGAAAAGAUAUUCAACUUUGAUACUAAAAACUGUUGAAAACAACAAAAAAAGUACAUACACACAUAAUCGACGUGUACAUACUUGAAUUCAUUGUAAGAGUGAAAUGGACUAUUAUCGAACGAACAUUGCCGGCGGCAUUGUACAGCCCAAUCACGUUGAUACAAGCAAUGCCAUCCUCAAUUCGGCGAGUGAUUCGUACGCUUCGAACUACUGGAGUGUCCCUUAUACAGACGGCCUAUCACCUAUGAAACAAAUUGAAGCAUGCAUUCAGACGGCCGGAAAAGAUCGGUCGUAUAAGCCAUUGGAGCAUAUCGAUCAGAAUAUGUCGAACGACUUUCAAAAGUCAGCAAUUAGCACCUAUGACUCGAAAUCGGAUAUGAAUCAUGAGCAAAGCAAUGGCAAAGAAAUGGAACAAAGUAAAGAGCCUCCAAACUCCCAUCACCCGGCACUCAUGCAUGCGAACGUUGUAUUGGAAACCAAACCGCUAUGGGACAAAUUUCAUGAGCAAGGCACCGAAAUGAUUGUUACAAAAACCGGACGACGCAUGUUUCCAACGUUUCAGGUUCGCAUCAGCGAUUUGGAUCCACAAGCAAUGUACAUUAUGAUGAUGGAUUUUGUACCCGUUGAUGAUAAACGUUAUCGCUACUCAUUUCAUAGCUCAAGUUGGGUAGUUGCCGGAAAAAGCGAUCCCAUUUCUCCACCACGAAUUCACGUGCAUCCCGAUUCGCCGGCUCCAGGAAGUACUUGGAUGAAGCAAAUCGUAUCAUUUGAUAAACUCAAGCUAACUAACAAUCAACUGGACGAAAAUGGCCAUAUAAUUUUAAAUUCAAUGCACCGAUAUCAGCCGCGUUUCCAUAUCGUAUAUUUGCCACCAAAGACCAGUAAUUCAGCGUAUAAUGUGGAGCAGGAAUGUUUACAGAGUCAUUAUCGUCGUUUUAUAUUCACAGAGACAUCGUUUACGGCCGUAACAGCCUAUCAGAAUCAAAGAGUGACACAAUUGAAGAUCGUCAGCAAUCCAUUUGCCAAAGGUUUUCGGGAAAAUGACGCGAACGAUGAGUCGACUGAAAUGCUCAAUAGUAUGCAAACUCAUGAUCAGAGUGGGCAGGAAAAACUUCGACAGAAUCGACAUUCAACGCAAACAACAGUCACUGGAAAAAACGGAGAAAUGAUUUCGCAAGCGAACUGCAAUCAAUCCCGAUUGGAUGCAGUCAAUAUGAACUGUGGUAUGACGGCACAGGCAGCAACGUCACCUGAGCGAAUGAUUCAGAGUCCAUCACAUAAUGGCCUAACGAAUGGAGCCUUGCAUUCGAUUACUCAACCGUAUUUAGGUGAUUCGAGUAAUUUUGGGCCUUUUUAUCAUCAUCACGGCCAACAUCAUCACAUUUCUAGUUAUGGGAAUCCAUAUGAUAAAUACAAAAGCGUUCAUCAUACUCGUUCACCAAACGCCAGUCCAUACGAUCCAUAUCAAAGUUUUUAUUCGCCGACUUCCCACCAUCAUCAUCAAAUCGUUCGACCGAACGGUUAUAUAGACCUAGUACCACGAUAAAAUCAAAAUUGCAUUGUUAACAUUACCAAGUCUCUUUUUAUACUCCGAUAACUCUAGCCAUACUAUAUUUUAUUGGAUAAGAAGAAAAUUACUGUCGAAGAAAUCAUUAAGUAAAAUAAAAAUCAUUGAAACAUGUUUUUCGAAAUAAUUUCCAUGUAUCUGCACAAAAUCGAUGGAUUUUUUUCUUUUCUGUUUGUUCGUUGCGAACACCCUCGAAACAUAAACUACUUGAGCGAUUCCAGAUUGCAUGUACUGAUAAAUAUUUACGUAGAGUAUACAAUUGUCAUAGAAACUAACUUGAGAUCGUUCGUUGAGUCUCAGCUUUGAGUACAACCUUUCGGGU